AUGUCACGCCGGGCCCUCCGGAGGCUGAAGGGUAAACAGCGCGGCCAGGAGCCUCUGGGGCCUGGCGCCCUGCAAUUUGUCCUUCAGGAAGAUGAUGACGCAGAAGAAGAGGGGCCGAAACGGGGGCCAGCUGGUCGCCGCCCCCGGAGCACAGGGAAGGAGGGCGUCCGCGUCAAUAACCGGUUCGAGCUGAUAAACACUGAUGAGCUCGAGGAGGAACCCGUGGUGAAUGGGGACAAGUCAGACUGUGUGUCCACAGACCCUGUGGUUUCAGGGAACAGAGGGAGAGCUAAGCAUGGAAGCACGGAGGCCAAGGUGGAUGAAGGGAUUGAUGAGUCAGCAGCUGCUGGACAGUCUCAUUCCAGUGGCAAACACCGGAAGAAGAAAAAGAAACAGAAGAACAGGAAAAGCCCGUCAGGAGAGACUCUGGAAAAUGGACUGGAAGAUAUCGACCGCAUCUUAGAGAGGAUUGAGGACAGCAGUGGGUUGGUCCGGCCCGGCCCACCAGCCCUGGGUGCCAGGAAGCACGUGCUCCAUGUGGAGCACAGACACUUGAAUCCAGACACAGAACUGAAGAGGUACUUUGGUGCUCGGGCGAUCCUGGGGGAGCAAAGGCCUCGGCAGAGACAGCGCAUGCACCCCAAGUCCAUGUGGCUGACGAACCCCAAGAGCACCUGGCCCCGGUACUCCAAACCAGGUCUCUCAAUGCGGCUGCUGGAGACGAAGAAAGGGCGCUCUUUAUUUGCCUUUGAACACAGCGAGGAGUACCAGCAGGUGCAGCACAAGUUUCUGGCGGCCGUGGAGUCCAUGGAGCCCAACAACAUUGUGGUCCUGCUCCAGACGAGCCCCUACCACGUUGACUCGCUCCUACAGCUCAGUGAUGCCUGCAGGCUCCAGGAGGACCAAGAGAUGGCCCGCGAUCUCAUAGAGAGAGCACUGUACAGCAUGGAGAUGGCGUUCCACCCCCUGUUCAGCCUCACCAGUGGGACCUGCCGGCUGGAUUACCGCAGACCCGAGAACAGGAGCUUCUACCUGGCGCUGUACAAGCAGAUGACCUUCCUGGAGAGGAGGGGCUGCCCACGCACAGCCCUGGAGUACUGCAAGCUCAUCCUGAGCCUGGAGCCGGACGAGGAUCCCUUGUGCAUGCUGUUGCUGGUGGAUCACCUGGCGCUGCGGGCCCGCAGCUACGAGUACCUGGUCUGCCUCUUCCAGGACUGGGAGGCUCAUCGGAACCUGUCCCAGCUCCCAAAUUUUGCUUUCUCUGUGCCAUUGGCAUACUUCCUGUUGAGUCAGCAAGUCAACCGCCCACAGCACGAGCUCAGCGCUGCCAGGGAGAAGGCCUCGGCCCUGAUCCGGCAGGCGCUCACCAUGUUCCCCGGAGUGCUCAUGCCGUUGCUGGAGUAUUGUAGCGUGCGGCCUGACACCGUUGUCGCCAACCACCCUUUCUUUGGACCCAACGCCCAGAUCAGUCAGUCGCCGGCACUGAGCCAGCUGGUGAGCUUGUAUCUCGGGAGAUCGCACUUCCUCUGGAAGGAACCCGCCAUCAUGAGCUGGCUGGAGGAGAACGUCCACGAGGUGUUGCGAGCAGUGGACUCGGGGGACCCCAGCGUGGGCGCCUGUGAGAGCAGACGGAGGGUGCUGUACCAGCGUGCGCCCAGGAACAUCCACCGCCAUGUGGUCCUCUCAGAGGUCAAGGAGGCCGUCGCCACUCUGCCCCCGGACGUGACCACGCAGUCUGUGAUGGGGUUUGACCCUCUGCCUCCUGUGGAUACCAUCUACUCCUACAUCAGACCUGAGAGGCAAACUCCUGUUGGCCAGGCAAAUACUGUGGCCCUCUUCUUCCGAUCCUUGUUGCCAAAUUACACCGCGGAGGAAGACCGGCUGGAGGAAGAGGGGGGAGGCAUAGCCGAUGGCUUGGACCGCGUCCAGGGCCUGAACAGGCUGAUGAUGGCUGUGCGCGAAAUGAUGGCAAAUUUCCAGUUCAAUGACCUGGACCUGCCACACCGGGAGAACCGGGACGAUCCUGAGAACAUGGAGAAUCCUGAGGGCCGGGGCGAGGGGGAGUGGGACUGA